AUGCGGGGCCCAGCGCUGGUGGCCUGGGGGCGCGCGGGGCAGCUGUGGCCGCGGCCUCCAGCCCCGGGCCCGGGCUCGCCUCCGUCGCUGCCGCUGCUGCUGCCGCUGGCCGUGCUGUUGGGCGGCGCCGACGCGCAGUACUCCAGCGACCUGUGCACCUGGAAGCGGAGAACAAAAGACCCCGCGGCGUCCCGGUCCCCUGGCCCAGACGACGCCCUGGGCGCAGUCAGCGUCCGUGCGGGUGGCGAGCCGCGCGCGGGCCGACACCUGUGCGCGGGGCCAGUGCCGGGCCGGCGAGCCCCCCGCCCGGUGAAGAAAUACCGCUACCAAGAUGAAGACACGCCCCCUCUGGAGCACAGCCCGGCCCACCUCCCCAACCAGGUAAACGCCCCCGAGCUGGUGCACGUGGCGGAGAGGAACUUGUCCCACCUCGAGGCCGUCCACGGGGUCGUGGGCCACGCCCACCUCUCCCCCCUCAAGGUAGGAGACCCUGGCGGCCCCCUCCCAGUGCGGCCCUCGGAGCCUCGGAGCUGCAGCAACCCCCAAGGGCCGGCCAAUUCUCCCCCCGUGAUCGUCAACACAGACACCCUAGAAGCCCCAGGAUAUGAGUUGCAAGUGAAUGGGACCGAGGGGGAGAUGGAAUACGAGGAGAUCACAUUGGAAAGGGGUAACUCAGGUCUGGGCUUCAGCAUCGCAGGUGGCACUGAUAACCCACACAUCGGUGACGACCCAUCCAUUUUCAUCACCAAGAUCAUUCCUGGCGGGGCUGCAGCCCAAGAUGGCCGCCUCAGGGUCAACGACAGCAUCCUGUUUGUAAAUGAAGUGGACGUGCGGGAGGUUACCCACUCAGCGGCGGUGGAGGCCCUCAAAGAGGCAGGCUCCAUCGUCCGCCUCUAUGUCAUGCGCCGGAAGCCCCCAGCUGAGAAGGUCAUGGAGAUCAAGCUCAUCAAGGGGCCUAAAGGUCUUGGCUUCAGCAUCGCAGGGGGCGUAGGGAACCAGCACAUUCCGGGAGAUAACAGCAUCUAUGUAACAAAGAUCAUCGAAGGGGGUGCCGCCCACAAGGAUGGGAGGUUGCAGAUUGGAGACAAGAUCCUGGCGGUCAACAGUGUGGGCCUGGAGGAUGUCAUGCACGAGGAUGCUGUGGCAGCCCUGAAGAACACGUAUGAUGUUGUCUACCUAAAGGUGGCCAAGCCCAGCAAUGCCUACCUGAGUGACAGCUAUGCUCCCCCAGACAUCACAACCUGUGAGAGCCCUUCGAAUCCCAAAGCUCCCCAUGACAUGCAAUCCUAUGACAUCCCUGUGGCUGUUUCUUUUCAGAUGUUCCCCAUGAAAUAG